AUGCAAUUUUUUGGAUUGUUGACUGUGUACGCGGUAUGGAGUCAGAUGCACCAGUGUGUCGGUGCAGCGUCCCUCACGAGUCGAGUGGCGGAGGCGCCACAGGAGUGCGAGUGGCAGCGUGUGUCCGGCGGCGCGGGCGAACCUACGCGAGUACAGCUCGCAUGUUCGCUACGGACCGCCGCAGGCGCAACCGACCUGCUGGCCGGUCUUAGUUCAUCACAAGCUCAGCGAAUCACGUCGCUAGAUCUUCACUGCACAGAUGUACUGUUCUUUGAGAGCUCUUUAGAUAUAGGACGGAGGAAAGAGGAAGGAACUGAACUUUUGUCGAGAUUUCACAACUUAAAAGAAAUGAAAAUAGAAUCGUGUAAAAUAAGAUACGUGCCGUCAGCUGUGUUGUCGCCAUUGAGCGGUUUGCGAAGUUUAACAAUACGGACCCAUAAUACGGAUUGGUCUGCAAUGUCAAUGGAAUUUCAUCGUGAUUCAUUUAGAGGACUGACAGAUUUAAGGACUUUGGAUCUUGGUGACAAUAAUAUAUGGAUUUUGCCCUCUGAAAUAUUCUGUCCUCUUUAUAACUUAAAAGAGUUAAAUAUUACUUUAAAUAGGUUGCAAGAUAUUUCAAAUUUGGGUUUCUCAGAUUGGGGUAAUGGUCCAACGGCACCAGGUAAAUCCUGUAAUACUGUCCUAGAAACAUUAGAUAUGUCUUACAAUGAAAUCAGUGCUCUUCCAGACAAUGGUCUGUCGAGCUUGCGAGCACUUCAGAGGUUGCUAUUACAAAAUAAUAGAAUUUCCACUGUCGCCGAUCGUGCUUUUGUGGGAUUAAGUGAUCUGCAAAUGCUUAAUUUGUCAACAAACGCUUUGACUGCAUUACCUCCAGAAAUGUUUCAAUCAUCGCGGGACAUAAAACAAAUAUAUUUAAAUAACAAUUCAUUAAGUGUACUGGCUCCCGGUUUAUUAGAAGGAUUAGAUCAACUGCAAAUAUUGGAUUUAUCUUAUAACGAACUGACAAGUGAAUGGGUCAAUAGAGAUACAUUUUCAGGAUUAGUGCGUCUCAUUGUUUUGAACUUAUCGCACAAUAGAAUAACAAAGAUUGAUGCUCUAUUGUUCCAAGAUUUAAACAAUCUACAGUUUUUGAGUUUGGAAUAUAAUAACGUAGCUCGAAUAGCUGAUGGCGCCUUUUCUUAUUUGAAAAAUCUACAUUCUCUUUCUUUGGCGCAUAAUAAUAUAGUAGAGGUAGAUAGUAACCAUUUUUCAAAUUUAUACGUAUUAAACCAGCUAUUCCUUGAUGGGAAUAGAAUAACUAAAGUUGAUUUGCGUUCCUUUGAAAAUAUAACCAAAUUACAUGAUUUGGGUUUAAGCGGGAACCAAUUAUCUGAGGUACCUGAAGCUAUCAAAACUCUAAGAUUUUUAACAUCUCUAGACUUGGGAAUGAAUAGAAUAACAAAAGUUACAACAAAUUUAUUUGAAGGCUUGGAUGAUUUAUUCGGUUUACGACUAGUGGGAAAUAAAAUUGAAAAAAUCUCAAAAGACACAUUUUCUGCCUUACCAUCUUUGCAAAUAUUAAAUUUGGCCUCCAAUAAUAUUGAUCAAAUAGAUGAUGGAGCUUUUGCUUCUAACCUACAGUUAAAAGCUAUAGGAUUAGAUGGAAAUAAGUUAGUAGAUUUAAAAGGAAUUUUUACAAAAACACAACCGCUUGUGUGGUUAAAUGUCUCAAACAAUGAAUUAUUGUGGUUCGACUACAGUCAUAUACCAACAAAUCUUGAAUGGUUGGACAUGCACGAAAAUAAAAUAGAAAAACUUGAGGACACUUAUGGUGUUAAAGAAACAUGUAAUGUGAAAAUGCUUGAUGUAAGCAACAAUAAAAUAAGGAACAUUGAUGAAUUUUCAUUUCCAAGUAGUAUAGAGACAGUAGUCUUAAAUAACAAUAAUAUUGAGAAGAUAAAUCCAGGAACAUUUCUUCAGAAGUAUAAUUUAAACAAAGUGAUGCUAUAUUCAAACAAGAUAAAAACUUUAGAUGUUGGUGCAUUCGCAAUUUCUUUUGUUCCUGAGGAUAGAGAUCUACCAGAAUUCUAUAUCAGUGAGAAUCCUUUCGAAUGCGACUGUACAAUGGAAUGGUUACAAAGAAUAAACCAAUUAAGUGAACUUAGACAGCGACCCAGGGUAAUGGAUUUAGAAAAUGUAAGAUGCUCCUUAACACAUUCAAGGAGUAUUUCAGAUGUGCUACUGUUGGAAGUCAAAUCUUUUGAAUUUUUAUGUGAAUAUGAAUCACAUUGUUUCACUUUAUGUCAUUGCUGCGAUUUUGAUGCAUGUGACUGUAAAAUGACUUGUCCAGAUAAAUGCUCCUGCUAUCAUGACCUCACGUGGAGCUCAAACGUAGUGGAUUGCUCAAGUGGUGGCUAUGACCAUGUGCCAGACCAAAUACCAAUGGACGCUACUGAAAUUUAUUUAGAUGGAAAUGAUCUUAAAGAACUGGGAAAUCAUGUUUUUAUUGGCAAAAAACGCUUGCAAGUUUUGUAUCUUAAUAACAGCAAUAUAAUUUCAAUACAAAAUAAAACUUUUAAUGGUAUUGAAUCAUUACGAGUACUUCAUUUGGAAAAUAAUAAAUUGGAGGUGUUAAGAAAUACACAAUUUACGAAAUUACAAAACCUGAAUGAACUUUAUUUGCAAGACAAUAACAUAAGGUUUAUUGAAAAUGACACAUUUAACUAUUUGCCUUCUUUGGAAUAUUUGAGUCUAGAUAAUAACGGUUACGUUGAAUACAUGCCGUGGCGAGUUAUUACAGACAAUAAUCCACGCACGAGAGUAUCUGUGGAGGGGAACAAUUGGAUAUGUGACUGUAAAGAUGUAGCACAAUUAAAUCAAUGGUUGAUUAAAAAAUCCAAAGAUACGGAUAACAUGAUGUGUUUCUUUGCUCAUGGUCAACCGAUGAACAAAACUAUAGCAACUGUUUCUAAAGAAUGUAAGGCUGAGACUACCACCGAAGAAACAGGAACGGAGACUCAGAAACGAUUAUUUAUUGAAUCAAAUGAUAGUGUUGAGAAUUACAUCCCGUAUAUUGUGGCUGGAUUGAUAACAGUAACUGUGCUUUUGCUUAUGUGUGCUUUCCUUUUCAUGUUUAGAGACGAUUUUAAACUAUGGAUGCACUCAAAAUAUGGUAUAAGAGUAUUUAGUUCCGCCUCGAAGGAUGUGAAUGACAACAAAAACAAACGUUUUGACGCGUUCUUUAUGUAUAAUCCACAAGAUGAUCCCGUCAUGCGCGUCGUGAGUUCGGAGUUAGAACAGUUGGGCCAUACUCUGUGCUUACAACAUCGAGAUUUACAGUUAAUCGAAAGACGAUCUAGUGAUAAUUUAGUUAGUGCAGCAGAAAGUUCAAAAAGACUUAUAAUAGUGUUAUCUACAAACUUUUUAGAACAAGAGUGGGACAUGCCGGCAUCGAAAGCGGCUGUUCAAUGUGCUAUAAACUCAGUGAAUGUGCGACAUAGGCGGCAAAAAAUUAUCUUUCUCGUAACGACUGACUUAAGUGCCAUAAGUAUCGAUCCAGACUUGAAAGUGUUGCUUAAAACGUGUACAGUGAUACUGUGGGGUGAAAAGUAUUGUUUAGAGAAAUUAAAUUUUUGGUUGCCUGACGUGGACAUUACGUUACCAAAUCGGACGAUUCAUAACGCUAAUAAUAUAAAAACUGGUAAUAGGGAGGGGUUUGGGAGGCACGUGAAUUUGAGGUAUACAGCACCUCCGACUUCUCAUGAUUCUUGGUACAAGUAUGGAAUGGAUCGUCAAAUGUCUAUUAUGUCAAGUCCGAUGCAUUCAACUAGUGCGAGUGCCGAGGUUUCGGCGCGGAGUACCGAAGAUGAGACAUGUUCGGUCGCCAGCAGUGAAGGACGACCGGAUGAUCGGUUGCCUCACCACCAUAGUUACGUAUCCAUCGAUAACCAUCCCUGCGAGGAGAGACCCCUAAGACCCGCCCAACAAAUAGCUAUGUCUAAUACUAGGCCCACUAAUGUAAGAAAGACUUACUUUGUAUAA